GCUUCGAACGGUUGAGUCCGGGGCUGCACGAGCCUCAUCCUCCUCAUCACAAACACCACCACAAAGCAGCACCGCAGCGGCAGCGAGAACCGAGCGAACCACCGGAGCCACCGGGAGGGGGCCUUCAUCGAUUGUAGGAGCCGGGCGCCAUGGCGGGCCCCCGCUAAAAAGAUUUACCCAGAUUUAUCGUCUUUGUUCUCCCUCCACGCCUCGCUGUGUCCGCCGAGCAGAGAACAGCUUCUCCUCUUUAUCGAGCGGAGCAGCGGGUGGAAGAGAGSAGCUAGAAGCUGCUACAGCGGCGGAGGAGUAAGGCAGCAGUUUUUGCACGGCGGGGGGGAGGAGGUGUUUUCCACCGUAACAUCCCGAAUGGCGGACCGCGAGGCGUCGCCGAUACCGUUGGAGAUCCGAGCCCGGCUGGCGGAGCUGGAGCUGGAGCUGUCAGAAGGGGACAUCACUCAGAAGGGUUAUGAGAAGAAGAGGUCCAAGCUAAUCAGGGCAUUUGCUGGAGGUAUGGAGGGGCCCAUGUCUCAUCGGGCCCCACUCGGCCCUCCUUCUGCUGCACGCUUCCACCGGCGAAGAACCUCUGGCACGAGAGAUGAACGCUACCGAUCAGAUGUCCACACGGAGGCGGUGCAGGCUGUCCUGGCACGACAUGUAGAGAGGAAGAUGGCAGUGCCCAUGCCUUCCAAAAGACGUUCACUGGUGGUUCAGACCUCCAUGGAUGCUUACACACCUCCAGGCCUGUCCCCGCUGUGCUCAGACUCGUCGUCGGGCUCCGAGGAGGAGGCGGGGCCGGGCGAYGACAUGUCGGGCAUGGAGCACUGGAUGAGCCGGCCCUCGCAGCUGGGCCCCGCCCACCUCGGCUCCACCUCCUCCUCCUCCUCSUCCACACAAAGCGGAGGCAGCGGAAAUGCCGGGCGGCUGGCUGACUCGCUGGCGCACUCGCACAUCUCGCACUUGGCUCACGCACACCUGGGGCACCCCCACYUGGGCCAGUCGCACCACCUGUCGCAGUCGCAUCACGGCAUCGGCCACCUCUCCCUGAAGAGGAAGGGGGCUCUGAGUGUUGCGGAGAAYGGUGGAUCUCUGAGGCGAUCCUGUGAGUUCGGAUCUGACAUGCUGUGGCCGCCGCCUCUGGAGUCUGAAGAGAACCACUCGACGCCACCGGACGUGACGGGAUACUCGUCGGACUCAUCCCACUCCCACACCGAGCGUCACCCCAUGUCCAACAUGGGGACGAUCGCCAGGAACACGCAGAAGUACGGCAACGCAGAGCGCAUGGAGACGGGUGACGGUGUUCCAGUCAGCAGUCGUGUGUCAGCUAAGAUCCAGCAGCUUGUUAACACACUGAAGCAGCCCCGCAGACCGCCGCUGCGAGAGUUCUUUGUUGAUGACUUCGAUGAGCUUCUAGAGGUCCAGCAACCAGACCCCAACCAGCCUCGGCCAGAGGGAGCGGAGAUGAUGCUGGUGCGGGGAGAGGCGCUGGGGGUGGUCACAAACUGGCCGCCCUCCCUGGAGGCUGCGCUCCAACGCUGGGGGACCAUCUCACCAAAAGCCCCCUGCCUCACCAGCCUGGACACAGCAGGGAAGCCCCUCUACGUGCUCACAUACGGGAAGCUCUGGUCUCGCAGCAUCAAGCUUGCCUACAACAUCCUCCACAAACUGGGCAGCAAGCAGGAGCCGAUGGUGCGACCAGGCGAUCGGGUGGCGCUGGUGUUUCCCAACAAUGACCCCGUGGCCUUCAUGGUGGCCUUUUACGGCUGUCUGCUUGCUGAGGUGGUUCCUGUUCCUAUAGAGGUUCCUUUAAGUCGCAAAGAUGCAGGCAGCCAGCAGAUUGGAUUCCUGUUGGGUAGCUGUGGCGUUACCGUGGCCCUGACCAGCGAUGCCUGCCAUAAGGGUCUUCCCAAGAGUGCAACAGGAGAGAUCCCGCAGUUCAAAGGAUGGCCGAAGCUGCUGUGGUUUGUAACCGAGUCGAAGCACCUCUCCAAACCCCCCAGAGACUGGUUCCCACACAUCAAGGAUGCAAACAAUGACACAGCUUACAUAGAGUAUAAAACAUGUAAAGACGGCAGUGUGCUGGGCGUUACUGUGACGAGGAUCGCUCUGCUAACACACUGCCAGGCUCUCACCCAGUCCUGCAGCUACACAGAGGCCGAGACCAUAGUGAACGUUUUGGACUUUAAGAAGGACGUGGGCCUGUGGCACGGCAUCCUGACGAGCGUGAUGAACAUGAUGCACGUGAUCAGCGUGCCAUACUCGCUGAUGAAGGUCAACCCUCUGUCGUGGAUCCAGAAGGUCUGCCAGUACAAAGCUAAAGUGGCCUGUGUGAAGUCCAGGGACAUGCACUGGGCUCUGGUGGCCCACAAAGACCAGAAGGACAUCAACCUGAGCUCCCUGCGCAUGCUGCUGGUCGCUGACGGAUCGAACCCCUGGUCCAUCUCCUCCUGCGACGCCUUCCUCAACGUGUUUCAGACCAAAGGGCUGAGAACUGAGGUCAUCUGUCCCUGCGCCAGCUCCCCGGAGGCCCUGACUGUUGCCAUUAGGAGGCCGGUGGAGGACAGCAGCCAGCCUCCGGGUCGUGGCGUUCUGUCCAUGCAGGGUCUGAGUUACGGCGUUGUCAGAGUGGACACUGAGGAACGUCUGUCUGUGCUCACUGUGCAGGACGUGGGCACCAUCACACCAGGAGGCCUGGUGUGUGUGGUGAAGCCAGAGGGCGUCCCUCAGCUCUGUCAGACAGAUGAGAUCGGUGAACUCUGUGUCUGCUCCAUCUCCACAGGAACCUCCUACUACGGCCUGACAGGCAUGACCAAGAACACGUUUGAGGUUUACCCGGUGAGCUCCGGCGGCGGCCUGGUCAGCGAGUACGCCUUCGUGCGGACCGGGCUGCUGGGCUUCAUCGGACCUGGUGGGCUCGUCUUCAUCACGGGUAAGAUGGACGGGCUCAUCAUGGUGAGCGGGCGGAGACACAACGCUGAUGACAUCGUUGCCACGGCGCUGGCGGUGGAGCCAAUGAAGUUUGUCUACAGAGGCAGGAUAGCUGUGUUUUCUGUGACGGUGCUGAGAGAUGAGAGGAUCGUGGUGGUGGCUGAGCAGAGACCCGACGCCACCGAGGAGGACAGCUUCCAGUGGAUGAGUCGUGUUCUGCAG